UUUUUUUUUUUUUUGUAAUUCAAGAAUAAAUGUUGCACAGGACACUGCAACGACUGUAAUAAAAUAUAUCGGUCACUUUGGAGUUGAUGAGUUGCAAGCUGGGCACUUGCACAGGAAUAGUGCUGAAAUCUAUGAAGCGCAACUGUACAUUUUAAGUAACCAGCUGGACUUUGGGAUUGUAAUGUGAAAUCUAUUGACAUUGAAUUAGCUUGUUAAUUGUGGUCUGAGUAAGGUCAAGAAGAAAAACUUGGGACUAAAAUGAGCACUUAAAGAAUGAAGAAUCACAUUUUAUUACAAUAAGAUUUUAAGUGACUUCAGCUUGUGGAAGGAAAAAAAUCUCUUCAAGAAAUCUUCAAGAUGGCAUAUCUUCACACACUCUCCUUGGUGCUGAUUGUGGCAUUAGGGCUGCCAGAAGCAGUGGUAUCCUGUCCUCAUCCUUGUGCCUGUUACCUGCCCACUGAAGUGCACUGCACUUUCAGAUCUUUGAUACAAGUGCCUGCCAGAAUUCCCAAACAUGUAGAAAGAAUCAAUUUAGGGUUUAACACUAUAAAUUCAAUAACUGAAAGCUCCCUUGCUGGACUCAGAAAAUUGGAACUGCUCAUGAUUCAUGGAAAUGACAUACACAAUAUACCUAAUGCAGUCUUUAAAGAUUUGAUAUCAUUACAGGUGCUCAAGAUGAGUUAUAACAAAGUAAAAGUUAUAACUGGACAAACCUUUCAGGGACUAUCAAGUUUGAUGAGACUGCAUGUGGACAACAACAAGAUUGAAUUUAUUCACCCUGAUGCAUUUAGCGGGAUGACCUCCUUGCGGCUGGUCCACCUUGAAGGGAACCUCCUCCAGCAGCUUCACCCCAAUACCUUUGCAACUUUUUCAUUCCUGCAGUAUUUUAAAAUGUCGACAGUAAGGCACCUCUAUUUGUCUGAUAAUGCCAUUAGGACACUACCCAGUGAGAUGUUCAGAACUCUGCCCCUUCUGGAGAAUGUCUAUCUUCAUGGAAAUCCAUGGACAUGUGACUGCAGAUUGAACUGGCUUCUGAACUGGAAUAAAAACACAGGAGGUGUUUUAAAGUGCAAAAAGGAUAAAGCCUAUGAAGGGGGGCAAAUGUGCCCAAUGUGCUCCAAACCCAAGCAGCUAACAAAGAAGGAGAUCAUGCAACUAGAUGAUGUUUCUUGCACUAGACCAACUAUUCAGUCACCACUAAAGCACAGCACCAGCUCACCAGGGGAAGACAAUGAAAGUGAACUAAUGUCUAUGGAAGAAUAUCAGGAGCCAUUUGGAAAUGUUACACUGAAUAUGACAGAUGAGCAUGGGAACAAAAUAGACUUGAACUGCCGAAUCAACUCCCCAAGCGAUUCUACCAAAAUUAAAUGGGACCACAUUAAUCCACAGCAGAUCGCUAUUAAUAUGACUCUUUCACUUGAUGUGGAAUGCUCGAUAGAUCGUGAAAGGUAUGAAAAAUUAUGGAAGCUUAUCGCGUACUACAGCGAAGUACCUGUUCACUUAGAGAAAGAAAUUAUGCUGAGCAAAGAACCACAUUUAAGCUUCAGAUAUAAGCAAGAUAUUGAAAAGGAUGCAUACUAUUUUACAGGUGUGAAAGCAAAUAUCUUAGCCCAGCCUUCCUGGCUGAUGCAAUCGUCUGUCGACAUACAGUUAAACAGAAAGCAGUCAACCACAAAGAAUAUAAAGCUAGCUUUUAUUACUCGCUUUUCACAAACUCUAGAUACAGAAAUUACAAGGCGACAGAGAAGCAAAUGGGUCAUGAUAGAAUCGAAAGAAGAGACAAAAACAGUUGUGAGUGUAGUUGCCGGGACUUUGUGUCAGCUGAACUGUAAUGUCCUGAGCUCAGGGGAUCCUUCAGUACAGUGGAUGUUACCAGAUGGCACUAAAGUGCAGGUUCCACACAAUAGCGGAGAUAACAGAAUUUCUAUUUCUACCAGUGGUAAACUGAUCAUUAAAGCAGUGGACCAUUCAGACUCUGGUGUGUAUUACUGCAUUGCACAAGUCAAGGGCGAUCUAGAUAUAAUGGCUUUUCGGGUGUCAGUGCUGGGGGCAACAGUUCAGUCUUUUGCAGGAGAAGGGAGUUCCCUAACUAAAUAUACUGGUGAGCCUAUUGCUCUGCCAUGCAACGCUUCUGCUAUACCCGAUGCACAACUUGAUUGGAUUCUUCCAAACAAUAAUAUUGUAAAUGUUUAUUCAAACACGACUAGAGGUUAUGUGUUUCAAAAUGGCACACUAUUCAUACAGCAGAGCCAGAUCAGUGACAGUGGAUAUUACAGGUGCGUAGCUGUAAAUCAGCAUGGGGUAGAUACAUUUGCAACCAAGAUAACUGUUAUAAGGAAGAGAGCAACACACCCGUCCAAAAGGAUUUCCAUGAAACCACAGUCUGUUUCAGGGGUCUCCACAAAAAUUAGAGUAAGAGUGAAUGUGGAUGAAGAGGCGUCUGGAGAUUCGAACUUUCAGCAACCCCAAGAUGAAAGGUUAUCCAGCAACAGUGACACAAGGAGUGAAAGUGGAGGUAAUCAAAAUAAAACACCUGGGUAUCGACAUAGAAAUUCUGGAAGAAGAUUGAGGAUAAAGAGCAGAUUAAAACCAAAAGGAAGCGCUGUGCCAGAAGGUCAACGGACAUUUGACGCAAGGAGAAGAGUUAACGUGUCAAAUAAUAAAAUUGAUCCACAACGGUGGGCGGACAUUUUGGCGAAGAUACGUGAAAGGACUGCUGCAAAAACAACAACAUCACCAUCAUCAGAUGAUGGUGUAGUUUCUAGAACAUCAUCAACCAAAAAUGUUAAGAAAAUUAAGUCCUCAGCAUCUAAACAUUUGAAUACAAAGGAACAUGAGUCCUCAGAUAACACAGAAGAAUUAUCCACAGAUGAGACCAAUUUUGAAGACGAGGAACUUUUUCCAGUAACCACGCCACAAAGUAGAUUUAAUCAAGAUAACAGUCGCUUGGCUGCAGAACCCACAUAUUCAAAUAAGGAGAUUGACCACACUUACCAAAUCCCUGCUCCCCAAACUUACACAGACUUGAAUAUUGUGAGUACAACCAAUACUCAAAUUUUACAGUCAACCUCUGUCCCACAGGAAACAAAAGACUUUGUGGAAUCUUUCCAGGAAAAUUAUGUAAGUGAACAAGAUCCAAAAACAUCAAUGGCCACUAGUAUGCGCAGUAUGGAUAUACAACAAAACCACAUUGACACAUUGGAAAGAAAUACUGUUUUUAUUGUUUCAAGCACUUCAUUAGUUUCUGUAAGCACAACAGAGCCUGAAAGGUCAUCAAAGCAAACUACUCUUUCUACUACAGAUUCAACAUUAAAUGAAGAAGGAAUCCAAGACAUAUUUAAAGCAGACAGUAUUACACCAUCAUUUGCUGAUGUUAUUAUUACAGAAGCACCCAGUCCAUUUAGCAGAACAUCCACUACAGAAAAUAUAUCAAAGCAAAAGAAUGAACAAAAACAUCAUAGUACACAUGAAUCAAGAAACCCGAUAAAUGCAAUAAACACGCAUUUGUCUCCUGAAACUAUCAAAAACAUAGCAGCUAGUACUACAACAGAGACAACCCAGGUUAAUUCAGCCACACCACAUUCUCGUCAGAGACCAUAUUCAAGGAGGAGGCUUGGUAACAGAAGAAGAUACAGACCAAGACCAAGACCAGGCCAAAUAAUUCCACAUAGACCUACAAUUGCGAUGAAAACAGAAAUGUCUGUAACACAUGCAACUGAGAGAACAUCUUUACCAGUUGUAGCUCUUACUACUUCCCAAUCAUCAGUGAUGAUGCAGUCUACAAACGUCAAAUCAGAGGUCAGAGAAUCUGAAUUAGAAAGACAACUUCCAAAGACAUCAUAUAAUACUAAACCAACAACUACCUCUACUGUGUAUAUGUCACCAAAUCAGACAUCUACAAAUACUGUUGUUCAGAUAGUGAACACAGACUCUGAAGGUAGGCCUGGCGUCAUUUCUAAUAGCUUUAUCAGAAGUACAAAUCCUUCUGUUAACAAUGUGACAGUCAAAUCAAACUCUCCAGCUACACAGAGUUCCACAAGUAGUACAUUUGUUACACCUGUAGUUUCAAGAACUUUUGGGUCAACCAUCUCAGGAAGGGGACCUGAAAAAACUAUUAAAAUCCAAGUUGCUACAGAAGCUGUUCCUACAUCUACACCAUAUGUAGGAAGUUCAUUGGCAAUCAGUCCAACAGACUUUAUAAACUUUGGUGUUACCACAACAAAAGUUCUUGACCUAAUUACCACUACAACACCUAACCCGGGAACUAUUCAGAAUCCUAAGAGGUGGCUGCCAGAUAAGGAAAACCAGCAUAAAAACAUUCCAAAAUUAGUUUAUCCUGGUCAGACUACAAAUCACACUGUCACACCUGCAGAAGAUGAGCCUACCAAACAAAAAUAUACUAUAGGAGUGCUGCCAAUCCAACCUUCCUCCUCACCAGUUCCCAGCAGUACUAGCGAACAUUAUUCAAAAAUUACCACUGUACAGGUCGAUCAGACCCCUAAAUCCCAUACAAAACCAAAUACGUCUAAUGCACAUGUGAAAAAUAAAGAGAUACGAAAAACACAUGGAGGAGAAGGAUUCAAUAACAGCCUUCUAGUAACAGCUAAUAAACCCAGUAUAUUCACUAGCUCUAACCAAGAUUUUGUUCUUACGAAACAUGAUGUUAAAGUAACAACAAGACCUCCCAUUCCAUUUACCAGAUCCUGGCCUCAGAAUCAUAAAAUAAAUACAUCUUUCACCAGCAAACCAGAAAUAAUAGCAUUUGCAGGACAGGCCCCACCACCAAGGAGAAAUUACGCCUCCAUUACCAUGCCAACAACAAGACCAGCAACAACUUCAGCUUCUCCACCAUACCGACCACAUAUACCUUUCCUGAAUAGACAUUCAAACAGGAUACAAACUGGACCUAUAGCAGGCUCAAGAAACUUUGGAUCAAAUUACAUCCCUGACAGGCAAGGUACUGGUGUUAGACUGUCAAGCAUAAAUCAAAGGUACCCAUAUUAUCAGAAUGGAAAAAAUCCUUACAUGGUACAGAAACCAGACCUGUCCAAGACACCCACUAGGACCAAACCACCUGCUACUAUUGCCACAACACAAGCUGAAGAACCAAGUACAGUUACAGUCAGAGCAUCAGCAGUCUCAACACCUAGACCUGCUACUACUGCCACAACACAAUAUAAAGAACCAAGUACAGUUCCAGUCAGAUCAUCAACACUCUCAACACCUAGACCUGCUACUAGCGCUUCACUUUUAGCAGUAAGAACAACCACUACAACAGUGGCAAGUAGCACCAGAACCCCACCAAUAACAAGAACAACAUCACUCAUUACAACUACCACUCGCCCACACUGGAACGGUGUCUAUAAUCACAGGCUCCCAAUUGCCCCGUUCAUUCCAAAAGUAGAAACACCUAUUCAGAAUGGCUUAAACAUACCACAUCCUUCACCCAAUGUAAGAGUCUAUCGAGGAAGACCUAAAAUCACCACGAACAACCUGCAUACAGUGUCUGUUCAAGCUGAAAUGGAUGCUGUGCUCCCAUGCGAUACUGUGGGAGAACCCGAACCUUUCCUUACAUGGACUAAAGUAUCUACUGGAGCUGUGAUUGCAAUUAACAGAAAGAUCCAAAGAUUUGAAGUACUGAAAAAUGGGACUUUUGUGAUUCAAAAUGCUCAACUUCAGGACCGUGGACAGUACCUUUGCACUGUACAAAACCAAUACGGUGUGGAUAAAAUGAUAGUUACGUUAAUUGUUUUAGCUCAGCAGCCCAGAAUGCUUGUAUCCCGCUAUCAAGAUGUUACGGUUUAUCUUGGAGACACUGCAAACAUGGAGUGCAGGGCACAAGGACUGCCAACCCCUCAGAUAUCAUGGAUAUUACCAGACAGAACAAUCAUGCGUGCAGCCACCCAAACUGGCAGUCGAAUAAUGCUGUUUGAAAAUGGAACUUUAAGUGUCACAUCCACUAAUUUUCCAGACAGAGGAAUUUACAAAUGUAUAGCAAGUAACGCAGCUGGGGCCGACAGUCUAUCUGUCAGGCUUCAUGUUGCAGCAUUGCCUCCUAUGAUUCAGCAACAAAGGAGUGAGAACUUUACCCUUACGGAAGGACAGACUGUUUACAUUCACUGCACUGCCAAAGCUGCUCCUGUGCCUAACGUGCGAUGGAUCCUCUUCGAUGGAACACAGGUCCGACCGUCUCAGUUUGUGAAUGGCAACUUGUUUGUUUUCCCCAAUGGAACCCUGUACAUACGCAACUUAUCCCCAAAAGACAGUGGGAAUUAUGAAUGCAUGGCAAGCAACGCAGUAGGGGCUUCCAGAAGGACAGUAAGCGUGACGGUAAAGAAGAAAACGACCACUGCAAAAAUUACAGCAACAUCGCCUCAGAGAACAGAUGUCACUUAUGGUGGUGCACUGAGACUGGACUGCUCUGCUUCAGGUGAUCCAGGUCCAAGAAUAAUAUGGAGAGUUCCUUCAAAGAAACUUGUUGAUACACAAUACAGUUUUGAUCCCAGAAUAAAAGUGUAUAUUAAUGGAACGUUAGUGGUUCAGAUGGUUACUGAAAAAGAUGAAGGAGACUACUUGUGUGUUGCCAGAAACAAAAUGGGCGAUGAUUAUGUGCUACUGAAAGUAAAUGUGAUGAUGAAGCCUGCAAAGAUCGAAUACAAACAACAAACCAACAAGAAGGUGACGUACGGAGGAGAUUUGAAAGUUGACUGUAUAGCUUCAGGGCUGCCUGACCCUGACAUCACUUGGGGUCUUCCUGAUGGUACUAUGAUCAACAGUGUAAUGCAAUCAGAUGACAGUGGAAUACGCACCAAAAGAUAUGUGGUUUUCAACAAUGGCACCCUUUACUUCAAUGAAGUUGGAAUGAGAGAGGAAGGGAACUAUACCUGCUAUGCAGAAAACCGGAUGGGAAAAGAUGAAAUGAAGGUCCAUGUCAAGGUGGUGGCUGAUUCCCCAACAAUCAAAAAUAAAACAUACUCUGUUAUAAACGUGCCAUACGGAGAGCCUAUUUCAUUGAAAUGCAAUGCAAAAGGAGAACCUGCCCCCAGGAUAAUUUGGCUUUCUCCAACCAACCGAAUCAUCCCAACUUCAUCUGAUAAGUAUCAGGUACACAGUGAUGGUAUGCUUCUGAUACAGAAGGCCCAAAGGUUUGAUAAUGGAAACUACACUUGCCUUGCUAAAAACUCAGCAGGGGAGGAUAAAAAAGUAAUCAGAGUGGAUGUUCAGGUUGCUCCGCCAUCUAUUAAUGGCCAUAGAAAUGCAGUGAACACAGUCAAGCAAACAGCAAUCAAGGAGCAACGCAAACUAUUGGACUGUAAAGCUGAAGGGAUGCCGCUCCCCCGUGUAAUGUGGCUUUUGCCAGAAAAUGUUGUUCUUCCUGCACCGUACUAUGGAAGCAGGAUCACAGUGCAUCGUAAUGGAACCCUUGACAUUAAAUCCAUAAGAAAAACUGAUGCGGUGCAGUUAGUCUGCAUCGCACGCAAUGAAGGAGGGGAGGCCAGGCUUAUUAUAGACCUAGAUGUUACAGAAAACUUGGAGAAACCUGUACUUAAGAACCCACUAAAUGAGACUUUGACAUUAACUGUUGGUACCUCUGUAAGAAUGAAUUGCUCUGCAGAGGGUAGACCAACACCAGAAAUUGUCUGGAUCCUUCCUAAUGGAUCAAAGCUUACUAGUGGCAGUCAGUUAUACCGAGUGUACCACGGACAGGAUGGUACCUUGCACAUCAGCAGUCCCUCUGUCACAGAAGCAGGCACUUAUCACUGCUUGGCAAAGAAUGAAGUAGGGCAGACAGAAAGAACGGUCUCAUUAGAAAUUGGUAAAAAAACUGAGAUUAAUAACCCAUACACUGGUUUGGUAAGCAUCAUUAACGGGGAAAACCUACUGCUCCACUGUAGUGCUGGUGGAAAUCCUCCACCUAAACUUUUCUGGACAUUACCCAACGGGAUGAUUCUUAGCCGUCCUCAAACAGUGGGCCGCUAUGCAGUUCUGCAAAAUGGAUCUCUUACUGUUCAACAAGCAUCCGUCUAUGACAGAGGGACCUAUUCUUGCAAGUCAGUCAAUGAAUAUGGAACCUCUCUCAUGAGUGUUCCAGUGAUAGUCAUAGCGUACCCACCGCGGAUUACAAAUGGGCCAGCGCCUGUGACGUAUGCCAGACCCGGACCUGCAAUCCAGUUAAACUGCAUGGCCAUAGGAAUUCCUAAGGCAGAUAUAACAUGGGAGCUGCCAGACAAAACACGUCUAACAGUGACAUCUCAUGCACGGCUUUUCGGCAACAAGUACCUUCACCCUCAAGGUUCACUAAUUAUCCAGAAGCCAUCCCAGAUGGACACAGGUUUUUACAAAUGCACUGCUAAAAAUCUAAUAGGAAGUGAUUCAAAAGCAACAUAUGUUCAUGUAUUUUAAUUUUUCAGUGAUUUUUUUUUUUUUAUGUAUGCCCAAGGAACUGCCCAAGUCAAGUGCAAAAAAUACUGUUAAUAAAGAUAUGACUACAGACUAAUUGGUUUGGUUGAAAGUGGAUAGUACAACAUGUACCAUGCUUAUGACAAUAGUACUGUAAAGUAUGUAAGUUAAAAACAUACACACACAAAGGCAUCAGUGAAGGGUACUCUCUCUGUAAAAAAAACAUGCAAUAUAAGUAUUUGAAUAUAAGUGUAAAGACCACAUUCAAAUAUAAAUGUAUAUGUCAUCAAUAUUUAAUGUCAUUAAGCCACAAAAUGUUUCAAAUAGAUAUUUGAAUCAACACAAAAAGGGGCUAAACCAUUUGCUUAUAAAACAAUGGACUUCCAUUCAUAAUAUAGAUAUUAUAAUGAUGUGUUUACUAACCCUAAUCUUACUAAAAUACUGGCAAUGGUGAUCAUGUGUCAGUUUUUUUAAAAUGGUAACCAUAGGUUUUUUUUUUUUUUGUGCAUUACAAGAGGUGAUAAUUAGGAACGUUAUACAAACACAACACAGACUCUGUAUAGGAUUUUUCUUUUGCUUUUAAAUAGCCACAUUUGAUGUUCUGGUUUUCUGUUUUUUAUUUUUUUUUAAAUUAUUUGUCUUUAAAAGACUUUAAUGUAUAGCUAUGUUUAUAAGGGUAAAAUACGAUAUUGUAAUAAAGAAUAUCUCCAAGUAGCUUGGUGAUAUCUGAGCUUUUGCUAUAUUUUCAUUUAUUAUUUCUAGAAUAAUACGAUUUUUUUAAAAUAAAUAAAAACAAUUUACUUAAAAUAUGUUUUUUUUUUCUUUUUAAAGCAGAAGGUGUCAUUUCAGUUGUUUAAAUUAACUUCUUCUGGCAGUGGUUUUUGUAUUAAAUUAUUAGGAAUGUUAAAACUUAGCUGCCAAGUACCGAAUCAAACAAAAAAUUUGAAACAGAUGGUAAUUUGAUAUUAAAUUUACAAUGCAGAUGCAAAGAAGUAACUCAGUACAGAUUAGCAAUGCUACUGUUACAGAGUACGUUGCUUCAAAUGUAAUUUUAAUUAUUUUUUAUAUGUCCCAAUACUAUACCCUUCACAAAAAGAAAUACAUAGCAGAUAUUUUUUCUUCAGUCUCUUAAAAUUUGCAACAAAACUUGAUCAAAAGAAUUGUAUUUUAUUUAAACACGUUUUGCUGACAGUGUCUGUAACAGGGCAAGAUCUGUGCUGGCUAUCUGAUGUAUGCAUGAUCCUGUCGCAGAGGGGUCGGGAGCUCUGUAGGAUCCACCUGUCAAUCAUGGCGAUGACACAGAGAGGUUGGGUAAGGGUGUGUUCUCUCCCUUUCUCUGAGUGGUCGGGAGGCAGGCCUUGGGGGCUGCCUGACCUAUAAAAACUGUGCUUUGUUAUUCCUCAGCCCCGCCCAUCUAGGAAGAACAACAGUGACAACCCUGGUUGUGAAAGACUGGAGAAACCAAAAAGAGACCAAGGCAAACAAGGCAGAGGAAGACAGCCAAACCGGAGAAGAAAAAAAAGAAUAACUAUAUUUACGUACCUGAAUCAGACACGUGUAUUUAGCAGGGAAACCCUGGGCAACCCCAUAAAGUAUAGCAGGGGAAUAGCAAAGCGCAGGCUGAAGACUCGAGCCGUGCGGGUAGCGACAGUGGGGGAACGCUGCAAGAGCAGCACCUUUUAUUAAUAGUUUUGUUAUUGUGUUUUAUUUAACGUUUUACUUUCGCCCUUUUGUUUGUAAUAUUAUUUUGAGCACCUGUGUGUGCACCACGAGUGAAUGGCCAACCUUUUACCAUUGCUGGUAUUGGGUUGUGCUCUGAAGAUAGUGAUACAGUGCCACCUUGUGGCGGAAAUAAAUCUGUGCGCCAAGCGGCGUCCUCAACUAAA